AUGAAAGAAGAAAGUUCGGUAGGGCAUGGGGAUCGCAAGGGCGUAGUCUCCCGCUACAGCCUAGUUACGCCCUUUGCCUUAUCUUCAAGACGUCACUUUUUUAUAGAACUUGGUGGGGCCCGAUACUUAUUCACUCCACGAGGAGGCAAACUUCUACUCUACGGUGGUAAUACGUACUUUGUGAACUGUAGGAAGAAACAGGAGAGGGCCAGAGUGUUGUGGUACUGUUCCUCACGGAAAUCAAGGAGCUGCCCCGCAUCCAUACUAACAAUUUACGACAGGGUUCUCGGACAACCUCCAGUGCAUACUCACCCACCUAAAAUGUCUAAUAUGUAUCUCAUUGCACAGAUGUCGUUAUCAGCUCGCUUAAAGCCGAUAAUAAUUCACGAUGGCUGUCGGUUUCUUCGUCAGAAAGUGUAUAAAUAUACAAUCAGAUGGGUCUGCGGAGAAAAGCGGAAGAAUCACUGCAAAGCCUCUCUGGUUACGACCAUGGAUAAUAUUAUUGUUAAAUCUGUUGGGUUUCAUAACCAUUUCUAA